GUCCGCGCGCUCCAGCGCGAGCUGUAGGCAGAAUCGCUCGCGCUCUACUUUAUGAAUGGAUGGGAGUGGCGCUGUAGUCACGCUGUUAAUAGGCGCUGGCGUUCGUCAGUGGACUUGACAGGACAGCAAGUGGACAGCAUACGACAGCAGCCAGAGCGGGCAUUAGGGGCAAAAGGCGACUCGAGGCGAUAGGGUGAGCACGCGACUGUGACAGACAGGGGCAGCUCACAUGUUACAGGGUGGGAGGAUGGGUUAGGGGAGACAAAGGAAUCGCAGGCGUGUAGUUUUUUGACCGCCCAUAGACAACUUGGACACAUUUGCGGACUGCAUAAUAAAAAGUUACAUUCCCUGUUAUCGCGCUGAUGGUCUCACAUGAUUCACACCGUGACUUUUUGAUUCGCGCGAUUCAUUUUACCCCCAAACCAGCUGAGAGACCUGCUUUGUUUGGUCAUUUUUGGGGGGGUUUGUGGUAUACGUUGCUAUAUCUGGAUAUCCCAAACUGCAUUCCUUCAUAGUUGUGGCAAAGCAGAGAGAUAAUUGUACCAAUCUCUUUUCAAAGGCGUGACAGAAGCAAAAGGGCGAGACAGAAAACUCGCAUCAGCACCACGCGAGCACACUUCGUCUGCUCUGUUUGGAAGAGACUCCGAGCCGAAGCCCGUCUUUACAGGAUCUCAGAACUAUUGGUCUUCAUCUGCUGUCUCUCCCAAGAGUUUUGAGCUGUCCCAACUCAAUGACUAACUUAUUUUUCUUUUAUCUUUAUGGAAGAAGGACACAAAACCGUAUGGUUUUGUAAGUAGAAGGCAGUGAGCACUUUACUGACGCGCGUAACCCGACAGAUUCACGAGGCGAAAUCACAUCAAAGGGCCCUCUCCAUGGAUAUAGACACAGAUUAUGAGCGACCUAAUGUGGAGACCAUAAAGUGUGUGGUCGUGGGUGAUAAUGCGGUGGGCAAGACCCGACUGAUCUGUGCCCGUGCCUGCAAUGCCACCCUUACUCAGUACCAGCUGCUUGCCACCCACGUGCCAACUGUCUGGGCCAUCGACCAAUACCGUGUGUGCCAGGAGGUGCUGGAGAGGUCACGAGACGUGGUGGACGAGGUCAGUGUCUCCCUCAGGCUGUGGGACACAUUUGGAGAUCAUCACAAAGACAGACGCUUCGCUUAUGGCAGAUCAGAUGUAGUAGUGCUGUGCUUCUCUUUGGCCAAUCCGAACUCCCUGCGCCAUGUCCGCACCAUGUGGUUCCCUGAGAUUAAGCACUUCUGCCCCCGCACCCCGAUCAUCCUGGUGGGCUGCCAGCUGGACCUUCGCUAUGCUGAUCUGGAUGCUGUUAACCGGGCUCGCCGGCCUCUGGCCAAAACCAUCAAACCCACAGACAUCCUUCCCCCAGAACGAGGCCACGAGGUUGCUAAGGAACUUGGCAUUCCAUACUACGAAACAAGUAUUGUCGCUCAGUUCGGUGUAAAGGAUGUGUUUGACAAUGCUAUCCGUGCUGCACUCAUCUCCCGACGCCACCUUCAGUUCUGGAAGUCCCAUCUAAAAAAGGUUCAGCGUCCCCUACUCCAGGCACCGUUCCUCCCUCCCAGACCACCACGACCUAUGGUGGGCAUCCCUGAUCCUCCUCCCAUGGAUGGAGAAGGUCCAGACUCUCUUUUCUGCCAGCCAUUGUGUGCAGAUGUUCUGUUUCUACUCCAGGCUGGGACCACUUGUGUCUUUGCCCAUAAGGUGUACCUGGCCACUUCCUGCUCAAAGUUCUAUGACCUUUUCACUAUGGAUCUUGGAUCGGUAGGGAUGGAGAAAGAGGGUGAGGAAAGCUCAGAGGGGAGUGAAGAAGAGGAGCAGAGCCGAAGAGGAGCCAAAGAACAGGCUGGGCGUACCAAGAGCCUGGACAUUGAUAAGGAGGGUGAAGGGGGCACCAGGGGUUCCAAUAGGCUGCUCAUGUUGCAGCAGGGCUCACUGAGGACUUCACAGAGCGAUAACGCUCUGCCUGCCAGUGGCCAAUGCUCUAUGGGACCCCUGGGAGCAGGCCGUGCUCUUUUGGGAUGGGGGCGUGGUUUCUUGGGGGUGUACUUGGAAAUCGUGGAUGACCCUGUGACAGGUCGGCCGAGACUCAUGACAGUUGUGUCAAUGGAUGAUCUCAUUCAGAAAGGGCCUUUCCAGGCAGUGCUGCAGUACCUUUAUACGGGUCACCUGGAUGAGACACGUGGGGACCUGAUGCAGGUGGCCACCAUCGCUGAGCUUCUGGAGGUCUUUGACCUGCGUAUGAUGGUGGCCAAUGUGCUGAACCGUGAGAGCUUCAUGAACCAGGAGAUCACCAAAGCCUUCCAUGUGCGUCGUGCCAACCGCAUCAAAGAGUGCCUGAGCAAGGGCACCUUUGCUGAUGUGGUGUUUAGAUUGGACGACCGAUAUCUGCCAGCCCAUAAGCCACUGCUCAUCUCAAGCUGUGAUUGGAUGGCAGCCAUGUUUCGUGGAUUCUUCAUGGAGAGCUACAUUGAAGAGGUCUCUAUCCCCAACACCACUUGUGCCUGCAUGAGAGCCGUUCUGGAGUUUCUCUACUGUGGUGUGUUAACACCAUGUCCUGAACUGCAGCCAAUGGACCUUAUAAUACUAGCCAACCGCCUCUGUCUUCCUCGCCUUGUAGCUCUAACAGAGCAACAUGCUGUUGAGGAGCUAUUGCAGUUGUCCGUUAAAGGGGUGGACAUUGAUGGACAUGUGCUGGCCUAUCUGGAGAUGGCUCAGUUCCACAAUGCCAAACAGCUCUCUGCUUGGUGUCUGCAUCACAUCUGCACCAACUACAAUAGAGUUUGUCGAAAAUUCCCUAAAGACAUGAAGACUAUGUCUCCUGAAAACCAGAAACAUUUUGAGAAGCAUCGCUGGCCCCCUGUGUGGUUCCUGAAGGAGGAAGACCGCUACCUCCGUUCUCAAAAAGAGCGAGAGCGCGAGGAGGAGAUCUUACGCAAGCAGCACACCAAACGGGGCUGGUUUUUCUGGAGACACCCAUCCUCCUCAGCACCCCACAUUUCCUGAGGGUCUUCCUCCAUUCAUCCUUUCAACCCCCCCUUUACUCCUCACCCUCAUCUCAGUCCAGAGGCAUGUAGCCAAGCCUGGGGAGCCCUGUUUCUGUGCAUAUGUCCUGACUGCUGAAAGCGAGUCCGGGGUCCUCUUUGCCUCUGAGCUUUAGCCUUCCCUACCCACGCUGGGCCUUAGUGGACUGCCCGCCACGAGAGCUCAUAGCGUAUGUGUCAUUAAACAGGAGAAGGUUUGGAGAAAGUCUCAAAUCAUUCUCUUUCUCAAUGUUACAUGUUCUACUGUGCGAAUGCAACAAGUCUCGCCGCAGCAUCACAUAGGGAACAGCAUCAUUGCAGUGACCUGCUUUCGCCUCUUAAGACUGUUAUUAUUAUACAAGACCACACACACACACACUCACACACUCACAACAGCACCCCGUCUGAGCGCUGGCGCCUGGGCACGAAUGCUGCACGAGUGUUGAUCUUUUCUCUGUGAGACCUAUUUUUGGGAAAACCGUCAUGAUCAAUGCCUACAAGCUGAAACAUAGCUUUGAAUACAACUAGCAACUAAAAUGGCGGCAGGGAUAUACAUAUAAAAUAAAUUGUUAAAAUAAAGGGGUUAUUGCCCCUGCCUUCAUGCUUCAUAAAAACAAUUCUCCAUUUUGGAUCUUCCAUUGCCCCAUAUUGUCUCAGAAUACCAAUUGUGUUGCUUAAAGAAGAAGUGUUUUUCAAAUUGCUUUUCCUGUUACAAAAUUUUGUUCAUGUGGUAGAACAGAAGGGGUGUGUAGUUCAGGUCUGUCACUCACUAAAAAAAACUCUAGGACAGCACCAAAGACAGACACUCAGACAGACAACUCAUACAAACACAAACACCUUACCAAAAUCUGCUGAAACAAAAACAUGACAGCAAGUAAACUAUGAAAUUAGGGCUAUUUUACCACUGCCAGGAGAGUAUUAGCAAUUACAGCUGUUAUUUGACAUUCUGUCGAUUGAGUUUUGUGAUUUGACCACUAGCAAGCUCCUCGACUUGCUUGCCUUUCACCUCCACCACUGGGGGGCGCCCAUGCCUUCUGAAUUUACCCUGCUUAAGUAUUAGCUACUCAUUUGUUUGUCAGUCCUGUUGCAGAUCUUCACACCCUUGUGAAAUGCACUUGUUUUUGUAGCACUACUUCAGCUCUUUGCUAUUGGCGAACCAAAAAGUAGGUUGCGAUGUUUCUUAUUCCUUCGCCGCUCCUCUCUGUUAUUCCUCUGCUCCUCUACCUCUGCAGUUAGCCAAACUGAGGGAGAAACUAUCGAUCCACUUCCUGUAGUGUUUGAUAUGUUGCAAUGUGAGGCUUCUCUUUGCACUUUACACUUGCAGAUAAAAUCGGUGCUCCGGAUUAACCUGCUAAAUGUCACAGCGUUCAACCACUCACCCAUCAUCUCCUUAAAGGGCGGUUUCACUAGACUUUGAGCCCUGCAACAGUCGUGAUACGAUGUCAUGCUCUGUGGUGUCAUUUGUUUUUUAAAAACAUAGUACAAAGUAUUCACCAUAUAACAAAUAAUAAUAAAUCCAAAAUGUAAAAAUAUACAAUCUACUCUGCUCUCCUGCAAUGCUGCGUGCGGACCAGCAAAUUGAAAGUUUAUGAUUGUUUAAUUCCGCUAAGAUGACAAGCCAUGACGCUUUGGAACGCAGCGAAAUGUAAAACUUCCUUCGCACGAGCUUGCGUUUCCGGUUUCCAGCAUUUGCAUGCGUAUGAAUGGAAGUAAAUGGAAAGAAAAGUGUAGUGUGACCGCCGCUUUACACAAGUUUACCUGUUUCGAUCUUAAUAACAAAAUAUCCCAACAUAGGCUGUAAAUCAAAAGUGUAUCCUUCUAUUUUAAUUGAAUAGCUUUCGAUUUCAAGCUUUGUACUUUGAAACAGGUUUUGUGGUUAAACUGACAGUGAUAUGCUAACAUACCCACUCUCAGUUCCUUCUUUCAGAUGUGCAUGCGCUGUAGAGUGUUGUUAACAUUCGUUUGCUAGAGUCUUGUCCGGAAAACAUGAGUGCCUAUGACCAUUGUUACACUUUCCCUUCUACAUUCAAGUAUUUCUCGGUGAAGCAUGUUUGUUUUGCCUGUUGCGUGCCUUUUAACAAAAGUGUUUUUAAUAGCUACUUUGGAGGUGAAUGAGAACUCGGAGACAUUUUAAGUUUUCCAUGCCACCCUUUUUCUAUUUCUGGCUUUCUGACUUCACUUCCUCAAGGCUGCACCCUGCUUUUCACACCAGACGAGCUGAAAUCAUCAACAGCUACAAAAAUAGACAUGCAGAGCCCAUGUGCUCAGACAGGCCUUUCUGCACUCAAAUAAUAAAUAAAUGACAAAUAAGAAGGAAGCGGAGAGCAGACACUUGUCUGUAUGCUACCGUCUUGACAUUCACCUGUAGAGGCACUUUUAUAUGUUCAUCCCAUUAAGAUGCUUUAUUUAUAGGGGCAGACAAAUAAAUUAAUGAUUAUAGAUGCCACACUAUGCCUAGAGGCUCAAUAAUUAGCAAAAUAACGAAUGUAUGACCUUGCUGUGUAUUUGCAGAUUGGCUCUGUGAUGAAUUAUGUACUUAAUCACAGCUCUCCUGUCUGAGUUAAAGACCCUCACCCCAGAUGAGCGAUUCAAGUACACUACAAACAUCAGCAUGCUUGUUGGGAUGGAAAGCGUUGUUGCUGUGGUGAUUUCGGGCUUGUUAACACUUUUAGUUUUUUGACUAUUUGCUUUUGCACUUUUAUUUUAGAUUUGGUCUGCCUUUGAUGUGCAUGGCACUGACUGUUUCUAAACUAUGGCUUUUUAAAACAUUUUGUAGCAUGGAAUGGUUUCUUCCAUUAAAACGGUGCUCCUUAUGGCCCUACAUAUUUUGUGCUUACAUAAAAAAAAAAUCCCUAAUACUUACUAUGAGACUUUUAUGUUGGCUGCUCAAAUUCUUUGUACCUUGUGCUUUAAUCGAAUAUGCCUUCAUUAACUUCAAGGACAUGUGAUCCAUGUUUUUCUGUAGAAAUUAGGUGGUUUUGUAGAUUUCAAAUAAACAGUAUUAGAAAGGUCCAUUAGCCCUUAAAAGGAUCGUUCACCCCAAAUGCAAAUUCUGUCAUUUGCUCACCCUCAUGAUGUUUGAAAGGUGUAUGGAUCUAUUUCUUCUGCGGGACACAAAAGAAGUUAUUUUGAAGAAUGGUUCAGCUGUUUAGUCUAUAUAAUUUUAAAGUCAAUGGCAU